UGCUCUUUGCACAGAGGGUCCACGCUUGUGCGCAUGUGCGUCCCCCCCGUUGGUGAACGGACUCAUCUCGACAUUUAAACACUCUCUGGUGAAGCUAAAGGUAGCGAGGUAGCUCAUUGGUUCGACGUCACGUCGUCGACCUCCUGUUUACAGCUGGUUAGAGCUGCAAAUGUUUAGAUUUGAGCUCAUGUUGGAGUCAGAGUGCCGCUGCUGUCCGUGAACAUGAGCGUCGCGGGGGAAACGUGGCGUGUGUCCGCUCUCCGCUCCCUGUUGUUGUUGUCACAGCUCUGCUCCGGACUCAUUUCCGCUCAUUAGCAUCACACCCCAGCAGAGAUGUACAAGGAGGGGGAAGAGGCUCAGGACGACUGCGGCUCCCGGGAGGAGUGGACGCUGCUGUUCUGGACAUCUCUGGCCGUCGUCGUUCCGGUCAUCAUCACGCUGUGGUGCAGCGCCCAGCGCUCCAAGCGGAAAACUCACAUGAAGGAUUUCUUUCGCAAGAGCAAGCACGGCUGGCACUACACGGACCUGUUCAACAAGCCCACCUACUGCUGCGUGUGCUCCCAGCACAUCCUCCAAGGGGCUUUCUGCGACUGCUGCGGCGUGUGCGCCGACGAGCAGUGCCUGCGCCGGGCCGACCGGAGCCUCUCCUGCAAGGAGAUCAUGGCCCCCUCCAGCCGCUACGGAGCCAUGGAGCACCGCUGGGUGCGCGGAAAUGUGCCCCUCGCCAGCUACUGUGCAGUGUGCAAACAGCAGUGUGGGACCCAGCCGAAGCUCUGCGACUUCAGGUGUGUGUGGUGUCAGACCACCGUGCACGAUGACUGCAUGGACAGCCUGGAGGAUGCAGACCAGUGUGACCUGGGCGAGUUCCACAGCCUCAUCAUCCCUCCUCACUACCUCUACUGUGUCAACAAGCUCCGCCGCAGGCACCCCGACGAGUACAGCAAGCUGGCGUCUUCCUGCGGCAGCGGCUGGACUCCAGUUCUGGUCUUGGCUAACACGCGGAGCGGUAAUAACAUGGGGGAGGCUCUGCUGGGAGAAUUUCGCACCGUGCUCAAUCCUGUACAGGUGUUCGACCUGUCUGAGCUGAAUCCCUCCAAAGCUCUCCAGCUGUGUACCCUGCUGCCUCCCGGGAGUGUCCGGGUGCUGGUGUGUGGGGGUGACGGCACAGUGGGCUGGGUGCUGGAUGCCAUCGAUACUAUGAAGCUGAAGGGCCAAGACCAGUUUAUGCCACGGGUGACCAUCCUGCCCCUGGGGACAGGAAAUGACCUUUCCAACACUUUAGGCUGGGGUGCCGGGUACGCUGGAGAGAUCCCUGUGGAACAGGUUCUCCGUAACAUCCUUGAUGCAGAGGUGGUCAAAAUGGACAGAUGGAAAGUGCAGGUGGCUUCAAAAGGCCUCUACUUCCGUAAACCAAAGGUUCUGUCCAUGAAUAACUACUUCUCUGUGGGACCUGACGCCCUGAUGGCGCUCAACUUCCACACGCACCGUGAGAAAACGCCGUCCUUCUUCUCUAGCCGCAUCAUCAACAAGGCUGUUUAUUUCCUGUAUGGCACCAAAGAUUGUUUAGUGCAGGAAUGUAAGGAUCUGGAUAAGAGGAUUGAGCUGGAGUUGGAUGGGGAGAGGGUGGAGCUGCCCAGUCUGGAGGGCAUCAUUGUUUGUAACAUUGGCUAUUGGGGUGGAGGCUGCAGACUCUGGGAGGGUAUGGGGGAUGAGCCGUGCCCCCCUACACGGCUGGAUGAUGGUCUGCUGGAGGUUGUGGGCGUGUUUGGCUCCUUCCACUGUGCUCAGAUCCAGGUCAAGCUGGCCAAUCCUGUACGGCUGGGACAGGCCCACACUGUCAGACUGGUUCUCAAGAGCUCCAAGAUGCCCAUGCAGGUGGACGGGGAGCCGUGGGCCCAGGGUCCCUGCACGAUCACCAUCACCCAUAAGACCCAGGCCCUCAUGCUGUACCACAGCGCCGAGCAGACGGACGAUGACGACGACGAAUCCAGCGCCUCUGAGACAGAGAGUCCCACCCCUCAAGACUCACCCAGGCCACCGGGGCCGACCUCUGCUCGUGCAUGACCCACCCUGAAUAUUAUGUGAUGUGAAGCUCCUCUUAUGUCAGUUUCUGUCUUCUUCAUGCAGCCUGGUUUCUUAUUAAUCCUUCAUUUGAACACACUUUAUCCUCAAAUCAUGUUGAUGAGAAUAGGUGUUUUCCUGUGUAAUCAUUUCAGAUGUUUUCAGAGAGCUCACAGGGGUUGGACAGGUCACUUUGUUUUGGGUUUUUUAUCUCCACAUCACUCAUAUAUUAUAACCCAGAGCUCAGGCAGUUCCCCCUCCACAGGUGGGACUCGGAGAGUCAGGAGGAGGAGAAUGUUUCGGAGAAAUAGUGCUGUUUAUUUGCACUGAUCCCUUGUGCCAUAGAUAUCUAUAGUCCUCUAUACUGUAUUUAUUAUACUGUAUAUACAACUGAGUGCCCAGUGCAGCUUUGCAGGCAUCAGUGAGCCAUUUUUAGCAAGUCGCCCAGGUUCAAUUGACCAAAUCCCCUCAAAGCCAUGUCUCAGUCGAGUAGAAACACAGGAGAGAAUACAGAGUGCUGUCGCGAUCGAUGUGAAGUGGAUGUUUGGCUGAAGGCACGUUAAUGAUUUUAUUUUUAUUUUUUUCGAUAAGAGCACAAACAAACAGCAAAAACAUUUUCUGCAAAAGAUUUAGAGUCCUAGUAGACUCCAGUCGAUGGUCGGUGAAGUAUAAAACUGUUUCCCUUUUCCGGCUCCUCGUCACAACAAGUUUUCAAGUGUCUAGUACAUCUGUCACCUAAAAUCAGGCUUUGAAAUGUGUGUGUUGGACAAAAGCUCUGAAUCUUGGUGGGGUGUGGGCUUUGUUACAGAUGUGUUGUCAAUCACUGGUCAUGGAUGCUGGUUUGCUUACUUCAUGACAUACUGAAACUCUUAAGAUAGAGUCUUGAAACUAACUUUGCUGAAGGAGGUACAGCAAACAGCCAGAGUUGUUUACUUUGAAAGUACUGCCAAGUAACUGUUGUUGAGAGGACUUGUGUUGCCUACAUGUAAAACCUUUGUUUUUCCUCUUCUUUACAUAGCUCUUCCUGUUUACAUAUUGUGUGCUGCACUGUUUUGACACUUACACUGAUAGAUAUGUCUCACUGCUUAGGAUAGAGGACGAACUUUACGCCAUGAUGUUAUGUCGCUGCCGAUUGUGAUAACUGCUGAUGAGAUUAAGAUGUCCCAUGUGAUCUUACAUUAUUCAAGUCGUCCUCUUGCAUUUUCAUCAUUUGUGUUUUACCAAAUAGUUGCCACAAGGUGGCAGACUAAAGACAGUGUUUUCUGUAGACAGGGUCUUCUACUUAUCCUGAGCAGUUCAAUAUUAGUACUCUCAGUUUCUUGCAUGUACUUGUCUGUGUUGUGUUCAGGUGACUCAUUGGUUGCAUCUUUCUUGUACUCCACAUAAUGUGUGCAAGAGGUAAUUUGUGUUUCUGUCUGUCAAAUAGCUUACCUAUAGAGACUUUUCAUUUAGCCAUUCGAGGUGGUCCUGUUCAUUGCAGAACGACAAAGUAAUUGCCUGUUGCUCACAGCCAUAUCCGAAAAGUCUGCUGACACUUUCUUAGGAACCGGGGGCCAACUUGCUGCUCAUAAGGCUGAACAGGGAUCAGUUUUUAGCCGCGUGAUGCCUAUGCUUUUGGAAUAUGCACCUCCUUGGCAUGGUUUCAUCACCCUGUAUUUGUUAGGUGAAUGUCUUCUUGCUCAAGGACACCUGUUUGAUCUUUUACCUUAUCCAUGUUUACCAGUUUGUGUGUGCGCGUGUGUGUGAUGUUGCACUGAAUUUGCUGAAAUGUACUGUGGUUUGUUGGCUGGUUUUUAGCCACACUAGCAGCUUGGCUCUAGUUGAAAACAGUUUACAAGUGAAAUACCUCCACUGUUUUGAUGAAUUGUGGCACAAUCUGGUACAGAUAUCGGUGGUCCCCCAGAGAAAUACAAUCCUAAUCAUUUUUAGAUCCUUUACCACAUAUUUAACAUCACCGGCAGGUCAAAGUCAAAUCAAUCAAACACUUAAGUUCUAGACAGAUUUCUCUAAUGGGAGAUGCUAAACAUUAGCAUAAAAUAAGAAAUGCAGCUUAAAGCUAGACUGGUAAAUAUGUGAAGAGUUAUUAUUUCUAAUAGUAAUUAGUAGUAUUUGAAAAUAUACAAAUAAAAUAGCCAUGUCAUGUGAAAUGGGUCACUCAAAGUGAGGAACACCAACUCUUUUUUUUUUCUCUCUCUCUCUCAGAUGUAAUUUAGGGUCUUUCAGUUCACAGUUUUGGCUUCAUGUCUUGCAAACUUAAAAUUUGAGUUGAAUCUCCAGCCAUAUUUGUUGGCUGUUUUCAGACAAAGCCACGACACAUUUAUGCCUAACAUAAAACGCACACAGAUACAAUAGUAGCUGGCUAGUGUGCUAGCUUAGUGGCCAGAGAGGCCUACAUGCUAGAGACCAAAACUGAGCUAAACCAAGAGUAAACAUUGUGUUUUAGAGCUGUCAGAUUGUCAGAAAUAUGACUUCAAACCUAUGCUUUUCUCCUAGAUGCAUAAGUUUGGCUAUUAUGUGAAAAGUUUAAAAUGUUGAGCUUGAUUUGUGUAAGUAAGCAACUUGGUUAUGCGGGUUUGAUUGGAUGUAAUUGUCCAUAAAUAGUAUAGCACGGACAAUGACUAUUGAUUCACAUAACAUUUGGUUACAUAACAUUUAUAUUUUUUAGGUGCCAACAUUUUUUUGCCCUGGAUUUGUUCCCUGGUAUGUGAUGACUAUUAUCCCUCAUGUUGCUAGCGUGGCUAAAUACGUUUUUCUUGUUCUAGGGUUUGGGGUAUGGUGACUGAUGUUUUGAAUGCUCUCAAUUCAUAGUAGUUUGUAAUUGUCAAAGCUUGGCGGAUAUAAAACAGUAUUUAUAUCGACUCAAUUUGGGAAGGCAGAUUUCACGAUGUUGUUUGUACCAAAAUGCUAUCAUUAAUUAAUAUAUAUUGGAAUAGGCUUUAUUCUUUGCUGUCAAAUAUCUGUAUAAAUGAGUGAAUCCUGGCUGAUGCGAACGUACAGAACGAUCCUGAAAGAAAGCCUUAUGUGGCCUCUGCUAAAGUAAGUGAAAGUGUGUGAGAUUGAGCUUUUAUUGGUAAUAAUCAUAUAACAGCAAUUUACAAAAGUGGUAAAGAGGGUUCGGUCAAGUUGUUACUACAGAUGACAACCAGAUUUGGAUUGAACUGAAUGUAAUUUGAAGACAUUCCCAUAAAUAUUUUCAGAUA